CUUGUGAUUAAGCGCAGGCGCGGACAGCCAGGCCGGAAAUGCGACUCGACUCGCUGACCUCUUCCGGCUUACUUCCGCCCACUCCACCCUGGCUCACAGGUCGGAAACGCUGUUGCUUCGGGUUGAAACCGGAACGCUGCCAGGAUGCCGGCCUACCACUCUACUCUCAUGGACCCAGAUACCAAACUCAUUGGAAACAUAGCACUGUUGCCCAUCAGAAGUCAGUUCAAAGGACCCGCUCCUCGAGAAACAAAAGAUACAGAUAUUGUGGAUGAAGCCAUCUAUUACUUCAAGGCCAAUGUCUUCUUCAAAAACUACGAAAUCAAGAAUGAAGCCGACAGGACCUUGAUCUAUAUCACUCUCUACAUUUCUGAGUGUCUAAAGAAACUCCAAAAGUGCAAUUCCAAAAGCCAAGGUGAGAAAGAAAUGUACACACUGGGAAUCACGAACUUUCCCAUUCCUGGAGAGCCCGGCUUUCCCCUCAAUGCAAUUUAUGCCAAACCUGCAAACAAACAGGAAGAUGAAGUGAUGCGAGCGUACCUCCAGCAGCUGAGGCAAGAGACUGGACUGAGACUUUGUGACAAAGUUUUUGACCCUCAGAACGAUAAACCCAGCAAGUGGUGGACUUGCUUUGUGAAGAGACAGUUCAUGAACAAGAGUCUUUCAGGACCUGGGCAGUGAAGGAAGCCUGAGCAGCACUGCUUGACAGCAGGAUGUACACAGUCCUCUGCCUUUGUUUCAUACAGUUCCCUAUGGAAGAGAGAAGAGAGUGCUCCUUACUUGAAAAAACUCUUGAUCAAGAAUUCUAGUGGGGGGGUUGGAAGUAGGCUGUCAGGGUGAUUUAAAAUUCUGCAGUUUUAAGCUGGUACUUAAUAAGUAAUAAACUGUAUUGUUCGUCUUA